AUGGAAGAGAAUUUUGUCAAUAAUGUGAUUAGUGAGCUCGUAACUCUUUCGCCAGAACUUAAAAUUGUGCGUGGAAAACCAAGGCACAGUCAAAAUCAGGGUUCCGUUGAACGCGCUAAUCAAGAUUUAGAGAACAUGAUGAGUUCUUGGCUGAAGGACAAAAAUUCAACGAAAUGGUCGGAGGGUUUAACAUAUGUCCAGUUUAUGAAAGACCGUGCCUUUCACUUAGGAAUAAAACAAUCGCCUCACAAGGCUUUAUUCGGGAUAGAGCCUAGAGUAGGACUUUCGACUUCAUCGUUACUGCAAGAAAUAAUAAAUGAUCUUCAGGAUGAGGAUGACCUCAGAAAAGUUAUCGAAGAUGAUUCGAAUAGUAAUCAUAGUGAAGAUGGAGAUGGCGGCGUUGUGGGAAUUGAUACACAGAACAUUAAAGAUGCUAGAAUAACGGCGGCAAAAAAUCUUAAAAAACAAGCAAAAAAAAUGAAAGCUUUUUUCGACAAAUCCCAUUCACCUGCCAACAUUGGAGACAAUGUAACUAUACCAAUUCCAGACGUAGACAAAGGCAGAGGUGAUCUCAGAAACAUUAUUGGGGUUAUUUUUCGGAAAAACGAUGAGGACCUUUAUAAAGUUGGCACCAAGCAUGGUGUAUUGCAGAAAUUAUAUUACAGGUACAGAUUUUUUGCUCACUGUAUUUUUGAAGCCCAUUUUGAUAAUACUUAUUUUGAAUAG